UGUUUAUUUUGGUCUUUGUUUGGAGUAGUAACGCUAACGCUACGAUUUCAUUAUGAAUGACGAAUUAUUGAUUCAAUUAGUGGAAAAGUGCCCACACAUUUACAAUAAAACGUUGAAGGAAUACAAAGAUGAUAAAAUGAAAGAGAAUAAUUGGCUAUCAAUAGCAGAGUUUCUCGAUUCGGAACCAGCCAUAGUGAAAAAGAGGUGGGACAACCUGAGAGACAGGUUUGUUCGAGCCUAUAGACAAUACAAUACUGUGCUUCCUUCAGGUUCAGGUGGAGAAACACAAAAAUAACCGGACUUCCCAUACUUUGAAAUAAUGAUGUGGU